AUGAGGUAUACUCUUCAUAAUGCAGCUUUUUCCAUUGGUGAUAUGUCUUGGGACAACAGUUCUGCAGAUCUGGAAAAGAUGUGCCGACAGGGAAGUGAAGGGACCAACCUGUCUAGAUCUGUUUCAACAGAAAAAUGUGAAUCUUUGGACACUUAUCAUAUAAACUUCAAACUUUCCAAAAGCAUUAGAUGCUUUUUGAGAAUUUUGAAAGUUGCCCUUCUCUUUUCUAUUGUGGUGGUUUGCUCAGUUUUAUUUAGUACUUAUCCCGACCAUGGAAACCCUUCGCAGAUGUUGACUGUAUCAUCUGUGGAAAGCUUCUCUGUGAAUCUCACUGAUUUUAGAGAUGGUGCCCUUUUAAAACUAGAAAUUGGAGGACCAUUUUCUGAUGAUUUAGCAGACAGACGAAUGGAAGAAUUCAUCCUUGUUCAAGUCGAACAGCUUGAAGAUGCUGGCCCGAAGAGAAGACGUGCACAACAGGUUUUUUACAACUGGUCUGUAGCUGUAAGCUCUCGCAGAAAGGAUCAAGUCAUGAAAACCAAAACAUUUGAAAUGGCAAACAGUAAUCCAGUUUCUGUCUCAAUCCAAGCCUUUGUAAAAGACAAUCAAGUUGUUCCUCUCUCCGUGACAUACCAAUACCUCUAUGCUGAUGUUGAGACUCAAGUAGCAAUUGCAGCAGUUAUUUUAGCGGGAGUUUAUGUUCUCAUCAUAUUUGAGAUUGUUCACAGAACUCUGGCAGCAAUGUUGGGCUCUCUGGCUGCGCUAGCAGCACUAGCUGUAAUUGGAGAUAGGCCAAGCCUUGUCAAAGUGGUGGAGUGGAUUGAUUAUGAAACGCUGGCACUAUUGUUUGGAAUGAUGAUCCUGGUGGCCAUAUUUUCAGAAACAGGAUUUUUUGAUUAUUGUGCGGUAAAGGCUUAUCAGCUUUCUCGAGGAAGAGUGUGGGCCAUGAUUAUAAUUCUCUGCCUCAUAGCUGCGAUACUUUCAGCGUUCCUAGAUAAUGUCACAACUAUGCUGCUUUUCACUCCAGUAACCAUAAGGUUAUGUGAGGCGCUUAACCUCGAUCCCCGACAUGUUCUAAUAGCGGAAGUAAUUUUCACUAACAUAGGAGGCGCUGCCACAGCAGUUGGGGACCCACCAAAUGUUAUUAUUGUCUCAAAGCCAGACCUGAGGAAGAAAGGGAUAGACUUUGCGGACUUUACUGGACACAUGUUCCUUGGAAUCUCUCUUGUCCUGUUGGUAUCCUUUCUUUUUCUUAAACUUCUUUUCUGGAAUAAGAAGCUUUACAACAAGGAGCCCAGUGAGAUUGUUGAAUUAAAGCAUGAAAUUCAUGUUUGGAGACUGACUGCUCAGCGCAUUAAUCCCGCAAGUCGAGAAGAGAUUGCUGUAAGAUGCCUUUUGAUUCAGAAAGUACAGACAUUGGAGAGUGCUCUUAGGAAGAAGCUUAGAUCAUUCCAAAGCCAAAUAUCUCAAGAAGACAAAAACUGGGAAAUGAAUAUUCAGGAACUACAAAAAACACACAAAAUAACAGAUGUAUCCCUCCUAAUCAAGUGCUUGUCUGUAUUAGGAUUUGUCAUAUGCAUGUUCUUUAUCAACUCUUUUGUUCCUGGCAUACAUCUUGAUCUUGCUACUUUAGCUUUCCUCAUCUUCCCUGCAUGGACCAGUACUGGUCUUAUUUCUACAAAUGUGGUGAUGCAGGCUUUGGCUCACCUACAGUUAAUUGACUACAUAGGACAGCAGACAGCUAUGCUGAUAAAGACUGUUCCAGAAGAUCAGCGGCUAGCAGUUGCCAUUAUUUUGGUGCUUUGGGUUUCCGCAUUGGCUUCAUCUCUGAUAGAUAACAUCCCAUUCACUGCUACUAUGAUCCCUGUAUUGCUCAAUCUCAGUAUGGAUGCUGAUGUCAACCUUCCAGUAAAACCCCUCAUCUUUGCACUGGCAAUGGGGGCCUGUCUUGGAGGUAAUGGGACACUGAUCGGAGCAUCUGCUAAUGUUGUAUGUGCAGGUAUUGCAGAACAGCAUGGUUAUGGUUUCUCUUUCAUGGAAUUUUUUAGGUUGGGUUUUCCAAUGAUGCUUGUGUCGUCAGCCAUUGGGAUGUGUUAUCUUCUUUUUGUGCAUGUCGCACUGGGAUGGAAUGCUUAAUCGUCCAUGACUUGAAAACCCAAAGAAAGCUUUUUGCAAUAUAUGGUUCACUUGCUAAAUCAAUAAGCACUGAGUAAUCUCUGGAAAUAUAAGAAUCAGUUUAGAAAUCUUACCAGUCAUACGGAAAUUAUUUCCAGUUUAAAGACUUGCCAUUCAUUGCUUUAUUCAGAAAAGAUUUUAAAUAGGAGUGUUAAAAGUUACUCUUGGAAGAAAUUAAACAGUGUUAUUUUUUUUUCAAAGGCUAUUGAAUUAUAUUGGCAUACCCACAUAUAGCCAGAGCCUUCACAAGGGAACACGUGCUGGAAGCACAUAUGGGGACUAUAUGAACCAAGCAAAGACCUUGUUAGACAAAUGGAAAAUAACUUGUACAGUAUUUUCUCUAGGUUUUUGUAGUUUUAUAAGCACUGUGUCUGUGUUAUCUGUAGUAAUAUGUAUUUCUGUACUUGGCAGAAGUUCCCUUUUGCCCAUAAUGCAUCUAAAUAAACACAACCUGAAAAUGACAGACAAAAUGAAAUCUUCUUAUAUUAUUGUCUUUUCUACCAAGUUUUUUCUCCUGUUGAAUGCUGUCAAAUUUAUUGUAAUUUUUGUGGGAACCUUUUUGAAACAAUUGUUAAAUUUAUAGCAAAAUCGGCCAUACAUUUCUGCAGAGUCUAAUGGGUUUUGCUUAAUGUAGAAUAAAUAGCUCAGCUCAGACCUCUGAUCUACAUCAGCCUUGAUUCUACUGAAUUUGAUGGGCUUAUUUUGAA